CCCAUCUGCGCAGACUCGGGUAGUGUCGCUAGGUAAACAUGCGCUGAAGACGGUCACCGUUUGAUGAAGUGUGGCGCUUACUGGAGCUACAUAAUUAAAGUAACAAAACACACACUAAAACACAUAAUGAGAGCUGUUCCCACAUGGAUUGAUAAAGUACACGACCGAGAUAAGGUAGAGCAAUGUAUUUACGAUCUCACUUUCAAGCCCGAUGGAAAUCAGCUAAUAGUAGCCGCAGGAAACCGGGUGCUGGUGUAUGACACAUCUGAUGGAACACUUAUACAACCCCUAAAAGGACACAAGGAUACAGUGUACUGUGUAGCAUAUGCUAAAGAUGGAAAACGAUUUGCCUCUGGGUCAGCGGACAAAAGCAUAAUAAUCUGGACGUCGAAGCUUGAAGGCAUUUUGAAAUACACACACAAUGACUCAAUCCAGUGUGUUGCCUACAACCCUGUUACACACCAGCUGGCCUCCUGCUCUUCAGGGGAUUUUGGCUUGUGGUCUCCAGAACAGAAGUCUGUAUCCAAGCACAAAGUCAGUAGCAAGAUCACGUGUUGUGGGUGGACCAAUGAUGGUCAGUACCUUGCCUUGGGGAUGGUGAAUGGGGUGGUAAGCAUCCGCAACAAGAAUGGGGAGGAGAAGGUGAAAAUCGAGCGCCCUGGUGGUUCUUCAUCUCCUAUUUGGUCAAUUACUUGGAAUCCCUCAAAGGAUGAACACAACGACAUCCUGGCAGUGGCAGACUGGGGGCAGAGGCUGUCUUUCUACCAGCUCAGCGGGAAGCAGAUUGGAAAGGACCGCAUCCUGAAUUACGAUCCCUGCUGUGUCAGUUACUUCUCCAAGGGCGAGUAUAUUGUCAUGGGCGGCUCUGACAAGCAGGCCUCCCUCUACACCAAAGAUGGCGUUCGCCUGGGCACCAUUGGGGAGCAGAACUCUUGGGUCUGGACUUGCAGAGUCAAACCUGAUUCCAACUAUGUGGUGCUGGGAUGCCAGGACGGGACCAUCGCUUUCUACCAGCUCAUCUUCAGCACGGUUCAUGGUCUCUACAAAGACAGAUAUGCCUACAGGGACAGCAUGACUGACGUCAUUGUACAGCAUCUCAUCACUGAGCAAAAGGUGAGAAUAAAGUGCAGGGAGCUGGUGAAGAAGAUCGCCAUCUACAGGAACCGCCUGGCCAUCCAGCUGCCUGAGAAAAUCCUCAUCUACGAGCUCUACUCAGACGACUCAUCAGACAUGCACUACCGCGUGAAGGAGAAGAUCAACAGGAGAUUUGAGUGCAACUUGCUGGUGGUCUGUUCCCAGCACAUCAUCCUCUGCCAGGAGAAGAGGCUUCAGUGUCUCUCAUUCAACAGUGUGAAAGAGAAGGAAUGGUUGAUGGAAUCCUUAAUCCGCUACAUCAAGGUGAUCGGUGGCCCCCCUGGCAGGGAGGGGCUCCUGGUUGGCCUGAAGAAUGGAGCCAUCCUGAAGAUCUUUGUGGACAACCCGUUUGCCAUCACGCUGCUGAAGCAGUCCACCUCUGUCCGUUGCCUGGACAUGAGCGCGUCGCGCAGCAAGCUGGCUGUGGUGGACGAGCACAACACCUGUCUGGUUUAUGACAUCCACACCAAGGAGCUGCUUUUCCAGGAGCCCAAUGCCAACAGCGUGGCCUGGAACACGCAGUGCGAGGACAUGCUCUGCUUCUCCGGCAGUGGCCACCUCAACAUCAAGGCCAGCAACUUCCCCGUGCACCAGCAGAAGCUGCAGGGCUUUGUGGUCGGCUACAGCGGCUCCAAGAUCUUCUGCCUGCACGUUUACUCCAUGUCGGCGGUGGAGGUGCCGCAGUCAGCUCCCAUGUACCAGUACCUGGAGAGGAAGCUUUACAAAGAGGCCUAUCAGAUUGCUUGCCUGGGGGUGACCGACAGCGACUGGAGGGACCUGGCUACAGAGGCCUUGGAAGGGCUAGACUUUGACACGGCUAAAAAGGCAUUCAUCCGCGUCCGUGAUCUGCGCUACCUGGAACUCAUAAAUAGCAUCGAGGAGAGGAAGAAGAGAGGGGAGAGCAACAGCGAGCUGUUCCUGGCGGAUGUCUAUGCCUACCAGGGCAAAUUCCACGAGGCCGCUAAGCUAUACAAGAAAACGGGCAACGAGGGCCGUGCCCUCAGCAUGUACACGGACCUGCGCAUGUUCGAGUACGCCAAGGACUUCCUGGGCUCUGCAGAUCCAAAGGACACCAGGAUGCUGAUCAGCAAGCAGGCCGACUGGGCGCGCAACAUCAACGAGCCCCGGGCGGCCGCCGAGAUGUAUCUUUCGGCCGGGGAGCACGUUAAGGCUGUGGACAUCAUCGGGGAGCACGGCUGGGUGGACAUGCUGAUUGACUUUGCCCGGAAGCUGGAUAAGGCAGAGCGCGAGCCACUUGCCAAAUGCGCUGGCCACUUUAAGAGGUUGAAGCACCAUGGCUAUGCAGCGGAAGUCUACUCGAAGAUGGGAGACCUGAGGGCACUGGUGUUGCUGCACGUGGAGACGUGUCACUGGGACGAGGCGUUUGAGCUGGUGGAAAAGCAUCCCCAGUUCAAGAACGAUGUUUACGUCCCCUAUGCACAGUGGCUGGCAGAGAACGACCGCUUUGAGGAAGCACAGAAAGCGUUUCACAAGGCUGGGUGGCAGGAUGAGGCCGUGAAAGUCCUGGAGCAGCUGACCCACAAUGCGGUGGUGGAGAGUCGGUUCAAUGACGCCGCCUACUACUACUGGAUGUUGUCCAUGCAGUGCCUGGACAUCGCUCGAGAAACUGAGAGCAAGAAGGAUGACAUGCUGAAGAAAUUCCAGCGUUUCCAGCACCUGGCUGAGCUUUACCAUGUCUACCACUCCAUCCAGCGGUACACCGACGAACCUUUCAGUUCCCAUCUCCCUGAAACGCUCUUCAAUAUCUCCAGAUUCCUCCUACAUAACCUGACCAAAGAGGUGCCACUGGGAAUCUCCAAAGUGAACACCUUGUAUGCCCUGGCGAAGCAGAGCAAGGCUCUGGGUGCCUUCAAGCUGGCCCGGCACGCCUAUGAGAAGCUGCAGGGCCUGCGGGUCCCUGCCCGCUUUCAGGAGUCCAUGGAGCUGGGCAGCCUGACCGUCCGCUCCAAGCCCUUCCAUGAUAACGAGGACCUCGUCCCCAUGUGCUACCGCUGCUCCACCAACAACCCCCUGCUGAACAUCCAGGGCAACGUGUGCAUCAACUGCAGGCAGCCUUUCAUCUUCUCAGCCUCGUCCUACGAGGUUCUUCCCCUGGUGGAGUUCUACCUAGAGGAGGGCAUCAGUGAUGAGGAGGCCGUGUCCCUCAUCGACCUGGAGGUCCCCCGCGCUGAGCAGAGGUCCCCCGCACAGUGGCAGGAGAUGAGCAGUGGCGAAUCCCAGUCCCUGAAGUUGGACACGGGCAUGGACGACCCUGAGGACGACCCCUUCAUGGCAAAGCUCAGCUUUGAGCAAGGCGGCUCGGAGUUUGUGCCGGUGGUGGUGAACAGGGCCGUGCUGCGAUCCAUGAGCCGCAGGGACGUGCUGAUCAAACGGUGGCCAAGGCCACUCAGCUGGCAGUACUACCGCUCCCUCCUGCCCGACGUCAGCAUCACUAUGUGCCCCUCCUGCUUCCAGAUGUUUCACAGUGAGGACUAUGAGCUACUGGUUCUACAGCACAACUGCUGUCCAUAUUGCCGCAGACCCAUCGACGAGCCCAGCUGAGAGAGCAGAGAUGGAGCGACUGUGACUGUGGCUUCCUAUUCUAUUGGAAUAAUAUCCAUUCUAUUAUUAUUAUCAUUAUUAUUAUUGUCCUUAUUAUGUCUUAUUGUUGUUAUUGUCAUUGCCUAACUCGUGCUAUCUCUGUUCUCCCCCUAUUAUCACCAUCCAUUAAAUGAAAUUUCUUUAGCUGAUCAGUGUGAUCGGAUUACAUGGAUCAGGUUUCUCAGGAUUUAUCAAGGAGAUCAUUUCAUUCUGGGAGCAAGACAUGUACGUGUGUUUUCUCUACUUUCUCUUUAAUUCCUUUUACGUGAUUGCCAUUUUUGUAAAUAUAGACUGUUCCACGUGUCAUUUUUGUACAUUAUAGUGUAAAAUAAGCAGUCUGUCAUCAAUGCUCAUGUAUUGUUCUCUGAUUGAUGUACAAGUUCAAAUGUAUUUCUGCAUUUGUUGAUUGCAGGUCAUAUAAAAUGGAAAUUUUGUUAUUAAAAUGAAAUGUAUGACUUCUCUUUGAUUGUGAAUAAAACAUCAGAUCUUUGUUACA